AUUCAAUAUGGCGGUAUGAGGGACGCUCGUACCAAAUGGGUUUUUUUCUUAUGAAACUAGCGUAAAAUCGGGAAAACCGAAGGGAAUAUUCAACGAAAAGUGAGCUUAGUUUAAACAUAAACUGACAAGUUUUCUACAUUUGGGUCUCCUCUUUCUAGUCAGCUGGAACAAGAAUGCGUGAAGACAAUCCAAGAAAGGACACCUAACGCAAUAUCACAUUGUCACUGAUUUGUCACACUAACACACUGUCACAUCAAACACAAGUCAAUUGGAAUGAGGAUGAGUGAAAAAACAAGUGACCAAUCUCAGAUCAAAGGGGGGAGUUCCCCUAGUCAUGGAAGCAGUGAACAGUUGGCCAAGGACCCCCAGGUUAAUGGCCAUGAAAGCGCAAAGGAAGAUGGUGAUAAGGAUUUAAAGGGAAAUGUUAAAGAAACACCACAAGGCAAUGUCCACGAUGGGCAAGGAGACUGGCAAGACAAAAUGAAUGAAGCAGAGAGUGGCCAGAAAGUGCCACGGGGAAAUGGAGCGGGGGACUCACACAGCAAUGGAGAUCCAGCUGGAUUGGAUGGAGCAGACAGCAAAGUCAGCAGUGCCUGCCUGGAUCACGGGGAAUCCCCAACCAAAACCAAGGCGGUAAAAGAGAAUGUAGUCUCCCAUGGCAAGGCUAGUGCUACCAAAGGGCUUUCAAAUGGAAAUUCUGGGAAGACUGGAAAGUCUUCCAGUGAGAAAAGUCUCCCACUGGAGGUGUCAACUCCAGUUGAGCCAGGCUUCUCCCUGGAGACCUCGCCUCGGAGCCACCGUAACCGUCACCGUGAAGGUAGAGGGGAGGGGACCCAAAAGGUUCACUCGCCCAGAGGGUACCCACCACACCCACCUCAUGCCCAAGGGCCACAGCACACCCAUCCUCCAGCCCAGGGGCCACAAGCACCACCACACCAGACACCACCUCAUCACCACCAAUCUGACCCUUCAGCAUCUCCCCGUGGGGGUCACUCACCCAGUGGCCACUCCCCUCGGUCAACUUCUCGUGGAGGGAGUCCACAGAGGGAAAAUGGUGCCACCGGUACAAUGUCCACUGGUGCUCCCGUACCUCCCUCCAGCAGCGGCGCCAUGGCUGGUGGUACGGGAACUGUGCCUGCGGGUACCAGCCUCAGCAGUGGCAGUGGCCAGCAGGGACUGACACUGGGUCCGGGACAGCACGUGGUACAUGUGCAUGUCAAUCCUGGGGAGACGUUCUCUGUGCGUGUUGGGGACCAAAUUCAGCACAUCCAAGGUCCGGCCACAGUCCGCAUGGUCUCUCAAAACGGCCCGCCAAUGCCAAUGCCGAUGCAGGUGCCACCGGGCCACAUAGUCCAGCAGAUUGUGGACGAGAACGGGAUCUUAACACACGUGAUUCUCUCUCCUCAACCUCCUCCAGGAAUGACACCAGCUCCCUCUAUCAGUUCGGUAGGAUACUAUGUUAGUAUUGCGAUUUCUUUCUUUUUUUCUCGUCGUCCAUCGAAGAUGCUUGCAUGCAGCAACCCAAGUGAUGUAGAAGUUGUGUAGUUGAGCUCCCCCUGGUGGUGAGGAUGAUGCAUGACAAGCCACAACCUUACCUAGAGAGCUUGGUAUAGUAUACUAUUGUUUUGUAGCUCCAUCUUGUGGUGAAGAUGCUGCAUGGAAAGCCACAAAUCUGUUUAAAGAGCUUGGUGUAAUAUUUAUCUUAUCAAUCACUGUACUGUAUUUCAAGUUCAGUUUUUGGG